AGGUGAGGGUAUGCAAACAAUCCCCACACUGGGAUGACUGCAGCAGCAUUUACAACUCCAAAUGCAAAACGAAGCUCAGACUGUGAGAGCAGUCAGGAGGUUCCAGUGCUCAGCCAUAACCUAACCUUUGAGGACGUGCUGCGACUGCAAGGGUGUGAUCAGCGGAGCAGACAGAGUGGGAGGGCAGGAUCCUAUUCUCUCUGAAAUAGAUUUUAUUUCAGCUUCAUGUGGAUUUUCUCACACUCCCUCUUCUCGUGUGUCCCAGCGUCGCUCUCUUCUGUUGGAACUCGUCAACACAACACUGCCUGCAGUUUGCCAGCAGCAUGUUGCAGACUGUCGGUGAGUGGCUGUGGUGGGAGCGUCUGUGGCUGCCAGCAAACGUCUCCUGGUCGGAUCUGGAGGACAGUGAAGGUCGUGUCUACGCUAAAGCCUCUCAACUUUAUGCAGCUCUGCCCUGCGCCCUCUGCCUGCUUCUAGUCAGAUACAUGUUUGAAAGGUAUCUGGCCACACCACUGGCUAAUGUUUGGGGGAUCAGGGACAGGAUACGUCAGACAGCAGAACCAAACCUCAUCCUAGAAAACUACUUCUGCCGCCAAGCACAGGUUCCAUCACAGGCCGAUGUGAGGUCACUGUGUAAAAAGACGAGUUGGUCAGAGAGAAGAAUUCAGGUCUGGUUCAGGAGGAGGAGGAACCAGGAGAGACCGGGGCUUCGGAAGAGGUUCUGCGAGGCCAGUUGGAGAUGUGUAUUUUAUUUUUUUGCAUUUGUCGGCGGAGUUCUCGCUCUGCAUGAUAAACCUUGGCUUUAUAAUCUGAAGGAGGUUUGGGCAGGUUUCCCCAAACAGUCCAUGCUGCCGUCUCAGUACUGGUAUUACCUCCUGGAAAUGGGCUUCUACCUGUCUCUGCUCCUCAGCCUCACAUUUGAUGUGAAGCGGAAAGACUUCAGAGAGCAGGUGAUUCAUCAUUUAGCCACUCUGACUCUUCUGAGUUUCUCCUGGAUUUCCAACUACAUCCGUGUCGGGACCCUCGUGAUGGCAGUUCAUGACUCUGCUGACAUUCUGCUGGAGGGUGCAAAAGUAUUCAACUAUGCCAAGUGGCACCAGACUGCGAACGCCAUGUUUGUAGUCUUCACUGUUCUUUUUAUGACUUCAAGACUUGUCAUUUUCCCUUUCUGGCUGAUCCACUGCACAUGGGUGUACCCUGUGGAGCAGUUCCCUCCCUUCUUUGGCUACUACUUCUUCAACGUCAUGCUGGUGGUUCUGCAGAUGCUGCACCUCUACUGGGCUUUUCUCAUUUCACGAAUGGUUUACAAGUUUAUUUUCACCAAGCUGGAGGGCGACGACAGGAGUGAUGAAGAGGAGGAUGACAGUGACUCGCAGAGGGAAACAAAGCACAGACUGAGUCCCAUUAAUGGCACUGGAGCCAGAGACCGAGCCAGUGGCCACUGACACAUAGGGACAGACAGACAAAGGAAAGUCGACUCAUGGACAUAUUCAGUCUGGAUUGCAGCUUUUAGAACCUAAUUGCAUAUUUUAAAGAACAGUAAAUGUAUUUGAGCACAGAAUAUUGUAUUUAUAGGAACUGUGAAGGAUUAUACAUAAACUCACUGGACGCUG